AGUGCAAUGCGGUGACAAACCGGCGUUCGACGUUUUUGUGAACAAUUUAACGAUAGGUAGUUAUAUCAAGCAAUUGUCAACCUCAGCAACGUGUUUUUGAAAUAACUCAAUUUAUGAGCAAAUACUUGUAAUUGAGUAUUUUUUCAGUGAAAUAAGAAAAUUUGUCUAUCACAAUGGCUGCUAUGUCCGUCAUUGGAAUUGAUUUUGGUAAUGAAUCCUGCUAUAUUGCUGUGGCUAAAGCAGGUGGGAUAGAGACAAUAGCCAAUGAUUACAGUCUUCGAGGGACACCAUCAUGUGUUGCUUUUUCACAAAAGAAUCGAAUAUUGGGUGUGGCAGCCAAGAACCAAAUGGUGACCAAUAUGAAGAAUACUGUAUUUGGUUUCAAACGACUUCUGGGAAGAAAAUUUUCAGACCCUCUUGUUCAAAAAGAAUUAAAACAUUUCCCUUUCAAGGUUGAACAGAGGUCUGAUGGCGGUAUUGGAAUAAGAGUCAACUACCUCAAUGAAGACAAUGUCUUUACCCCUGAGCAGAUAACAGCCAUGUUGUUGACAAAACUAAAAGAUGUUGCAGCAACAGCUUUACAGACUCAAAUCAACGACUGUGUGAUAUCUGUUCCCAGCUAUUUCACAAAUGCUGAAAGAAAUGCUCUUUUGAAUGCCGCUGGUAUUGCUGGUCUUAAUGUAUUGCGCCUCAUGAACGAGACAACUGCGACAGCUUUAACUUAUGGAAUUUAUAAACAAGAUCUUCCUGGUGCUGAAGAGAAACCACGAAAUGUUGUCUUUGUCGACUUUGGUCACAGUUCUUUACAGGUUUCAGCUUGUGCUUUCAAUAAGGGUAAGCUGCGUAUUCUCGCUACUGCAACCGAUGCUCAGUGCGGUGGACGAGACAUUGACAUGGCUUUAGCUGAUUACUUCACUCAAGAUUUUGUGACAAGAUAUAAAUUAGACGCCAGAAAAAAUCAAAGGGCUUAUCUUCGUCUUCUGCAAGAAGUUGAGAAAUUGAAAAAACAAAUGUCUGCUAACAGUACUCGUUUACCACUUAACAUUGAGUGCUUUAUGGAAGAACGCGAUGUAUCUGGAGAUAUGCAGCGUUCUCAGAUGGAACAAAUAUGUGCUGAAACAUUUAACCGCGUUGAAAGAACCUUAAGAGCUAUUCUACAUAAUGCAAAACUAAGGUCUGAAGACAUCCACUCUGUUGAAAUUGUUGGUGGAUCCACCAGAAUCCCUGCAGUUAAGAGUUUGAUUGAACAAGCGUUUGGCAAGCAUGCUUCCACAACCUUGAAUCAGGACGAGGCGGUGGCUCGCGGAUGCGCGCUACAGUGCGCCAUGCUGAGCCCGGCCGUACGCGUGCGUGAGUUCAGCAUCACCGACGUGCAGCCCUACGCCGUGCGCCUCGCCUGGGACGCCGCCAGAAACGAGGACGGUGAUAUGGAGGUAUUCCCCGCUUUUCACGCUGCACCAUUUUCAAAAAUGUUAACAUUCUACAGGAAAGAGCCAUUUUCUGUCAGUGCCUAUUAUUCUGAUCAAGUACCUUAUCCGGACACAUUUAUUGGCCAGUGGCAAAUCAAAGAUGUCCAGCCCACACCUGAAGGAGAAUCCCAAAAAGUAAAAUUGAAAGUGAGGGUGAACAUUCAUGGCAUCAUAACAGUCGCUUCGGCUUCACUUGUUGAAAAGAAGCAGGACACAUCACAGAAUGAGAACAUAGAAAUGGAAAAUAGUAGUGAGAAUGCUCAAAAUCAGGAUACACCUAUGGAAACGAAUGGAGGAAAUCAAGACCAGCAACAACAGAAUGGUCCUGAGAACAACCAAGAGGUGAGAGAUGAGGAAAUGAAGGGAGAGCCGCAACAAAAACAAUCGUGGACACAGAGAGUAGGACAGUGGUUCAGCGGGGAUAAAUCCAAGGAUAAGUCAAAGAAGGUUCUUGUGAAAACUGUGGAGCUGCCCAUUGAAGCACAAACACAUGGUCUAUCAGUGCAUGAACUAAAUGGAUAUGUUGAACAAGAGGGCAAAAUGCAAGCUCAAGAUCGACAAGAGAAAGAAAGAGCAGAUGCUCGUAAUGCUCUUGAAGAAUAUGUUUACGAAUUGCGAGGGAAACUGUCUGAAGGCGAAACCCUGCAUGAUUUUGUUGCAGAAGAUCAACGUAAUAAGCUUGUCAAUCAUCUUGAUUCUGUUGAACAAUGGCUUUAUGAUGAAGGUGAAGACCAAAAUAGACAGGUGUACAGUGAUAAGCUGAGCGAGUUGAAAACUGAAGGCGAGCCGAUCAAACAAAGGCGUCUUGAGUUUGAGCUACGUCCUGGUGCUUUAGAUGAGUUUGCUUUAUCCAUCCAACUCACCAAUAAAGCUGUUGAUUUGUACAAAGCUGGUGACGCUAAAUUUUCACACUUGGCGGAAACAGAGGUUCAGAAAGUGAUAGACGCAUCUAAAAAUGCCCUAACUUGGCUCGAGACUGCAAGGCAAGCGUUAGCACACACGCCACGUCAUCAGCAACCAUCGCACACUACUCAUCAAAUCCGUCAAGAACGUCAGAAUUUUGAGAACCUCGUGCAUCCAAUUUUGAAUAAAGUUAAACCAAAAGAGAAAACACCCCCUCCCUCCAAUCAGACUGCGGGAGACGGACAGGCUGAUGGUAACAAGGAUGCGCCUUCGACUCAAUCUCAAGAGCAAAUGGAUGUUGAAUAAACGCAUCUUUAGAAAACUCACAACACUAAACAAUAACACCCGCCUUCCUCAUCAUUCGUAUCGUGCACUUGAUACAAUUUAUAAUGUGUAAUGGCUCAUAAUUAUAUAUUUACCUUCUAUAAUAACUAUUUCGUUAUUCUUUAGUUUUGUGAUAGAAAAGAGCGCCAAGUUUUGAGCAAUCUUAGUAAUAUUUGAAAGCUGUACUAAAUUAUUGCAGAUAAAUUUUAUGUAUUUAUUUAUCUCAUGUGAUAAGGGCUCGAUUUUGUUGUAUUUACAUUGCGAUAGUUAAAGUAUCAAUACUUAGUAUUCAAAAUGAGUUGAGUUUUUCUCUCGUUUGAUUUAUACAGCGAGUUCAUAGUAUUAACAUAAAUUAACAGGCAUUACACAAAUGCAUUUCAUGAUUACAUUUCAAUUGUUCCAAUGCUACAAUUGAAUUUAGUCAGCAAAAUGUCACUAGUUAUAUUCUUAAAAUAUAGCACAUUCUUGAGUGUUUAGUAAAUAACAAUAGGUAAUUGUCUAUAGUAUAGUUAUGAUAGUGAAAAGUUUCAAAAAAGUAAUGGAAGUAAAUUAAUCAUUUUUUUUGUAAACAUAACAAUAAUUUUGCUGGCGCUUACGCCCUAUACUUUAUAGUAAAUGAAUUAGUUGAAAGAAUCGAAAUAUGAUAUAAAUUUACUGAUUCAAUAUUUUGAAAGAAAACUCUUGAAAGGCUAACAACUGUCUCAAUAAAUGCCAUCUGCCUGCUUUCGAUUGUUAACUAAUACAGCAUAAUAAUAUAGCCAUUAGGGGUUUACAUAGCUUGAUUAACUGUGAUCCAAUAAAAUAUGAACUCCAUAAGGAUUGAAUGACAACAAUAAAAUAAAACACAACUGAAAUAUUAUUUAAUAAUUAAUAAAAGUUUUCUGGAGGUUCAUGUCGAACAUUUCAUUAAUAUUUUUAAUUAACAGACAAAAAACUAUUUGAUUCUCACUAAACCAAAUUAAUGCGAUUAGAAAUUUUGAAAUGCAAAAUUUGUUAAAUGUUCUGAAUUAGAACUUUAGCUUCAACUUCUUUACAGCCCUCAGGAAACAAAUAGUUCAAGUGACUCAUAAUUUUAAUUUGUUUAGGUUUUAGCCGAACUCGUCUAAAACAUUCCAGAUAUAAUAACCGGCAAACUUCUUGAGCAUUUGUUGACGUAGUGGGGGUAAGUUUGCGCAUGGUACACUCACGUGCAAAAACAUUACUUACUCUG